UGGCUCGUCAGCGCCCCGCAAGGUCUUCUCUGGAAGAGCUGCUGUGGAGUUUCAGCUACCAGACGGCCACGAGGUACUCCGUACCUGCUUCCAAACGCGUCUGCAAAAUGUCGUACCCAUCCCCUAAAACUAAGCCCUCCAACCCCAGGAACCCCCGAGUCUUCUUUGACGUGGACAUCGGAGGCGAGCGAGUUGGUCGAAUUGUCUUAGAAUUGUUUGCGGAUAUUGUACCCAAGACUGCAGAAAAUUUUCGUGCGUUGUGUACAGGAGAAAAAGGCAUUGGACCCACCACUGGGAAACCUCUGCAUUUCAAAGGAUGCCCAUUCCAUCGAAUUAUUAAGAAAUUUAUGAUUCAAGGUGGAGACUUCUCAAAUCAGAAUGGGACAGGUGGAGAAAGUAUUUAUGGUGAAAAGUUUGAAGAUGAGAAUUUCUAUUAUAAGCAUGACCGGGAGGGUUUAUUGAGCAUGGCAAACGCAGGCAGCAAUACAAAUGGUUCUCAGUUCUUUAUCACAACAGUUCCGACUCCUCAUUUGGAUGGGAAACAUGUGGUAUUUGGCCAAUUAAUUAAAGGAAUGGGUGUGGCAAGAAUUCUGGAAAAUGUAGAAGUGAAAGGUGAAAAACCUGCCAAAUCGUGCGUUAUUGCAGAAUGUGGAGAAUUGAAGGAAGGGGAUGACUGGGGAAUAUUCCCAGAAGAUGGUUCUGGUGAUAAGCAUCCAGAUUUCCCUGAAGACGCAGAUAUAGAUUUAAAAGAUGUGAGUACUUUCAGAUUAGUCACAGAAGACUUAAAAAACAUUGGAAAUACUUUUUCCCUCCCACCACUGGGCAAGCAGACUAAGUGUCAUGUGGCAUUACAUGUUACUUUUACUAAUGUGUUUUCCAGAUACGUGGAAGGUUCAAAGGCUGUAACUGAGGAAGCAGAUAGAUUGAAGCUGCAACCUGUAGCUUUAAGCUGCAUGCUGAAUAUUGGUGCUUGCAAACUGAAGAUGUCAAAUUGGCAGGGAGCAAUUGACAGUUGCUUGGAGGCUCUUGAAAUAGACCCGUCAAAUACCAAAGCACUGUACCGUAGAGCUCAAGGUUGGCAAGGAUUGAAAGAAUAUGACCAAGCAUUGGCUGAUCUUAAGAAAGCUCAGGAGAUAGCACCAAAGAUAAAGGUAAGUUGGCACAGUUUUUGUAGUGAAAGUUCACUUAGUCCUUUAAGAAUUUAUCCUCAUGAAACAUUGUACCCUUUGCCACUUAGAUGCAGAUACUUGUAUUUGUUCCACAGAUGUUCGAAUGCCUGUCAUUGGGCCAGGCCCUGAAGAAGUCAGGGUCCCUGUCCUCAGAGAGCUUACAUUUUAGUCUGUCUCCAGAAUGCUGUAUAUUUGAGGUUUAGUUUCUCUUAGUUUAAUUCUAGUCAAAAGUGCAGCACUAAAAGAAUAUUACGGUGAAUUUGAUGUUCAGGACCAUUUCUUAAGCUGAAUAUAGCCAUGAACCUAAAUAUUCUAGCUAACAAAUUUACAUUUUAGGAAAGCUUUGGGAAACUGACAAAAUAAGUUUGUCUUUCAAAUACACCAGCUACUAAUAGUGCUAUUAGAACCAGAUAUUAAAAGAUAUCUUUGAGGGAGUGGGGGGGAGGGGAGAAAAAUACAGCUGUAGUUGAACAAUAAAUAAUUUAAAUAAAAAAUGUAUCUUUGAUUUCCUUAGUACUAAAGUAAGACAGGAGGCACUUAACUGCCAUCUCUAAUGAAGGAGGAAAAGGCAAAUCUGUGUAGGUCAAUUCAUAUUCUCUCAAUUGACAGUCUUCUAAAAUUACGCUUGUGAUUUUUGUAUUGGUGUUACUUUCCCAGUGUAAGAUACUCUGUUAAUA